ACUUUUUUCUCAACGAAAGUUUUAAACAUAAAACAUGACUUAUGUUAUAUGUCUGAGGACAUUCUCGUCCAAUCGUAGAAUAAAUCAUCCCUCCCUCACGAAAAACACGACCAUCUUCACGUAAACGCACUUCUUCCAAUUCCGAAUUAUAAAUAACACACCAUCAUUCUUCCGUUAAAUUAAUCUUUCUAAAAAUUCAAAUUCAAAUUAAAAAAAAAAAAUGAAACGGAUAUCUUCUCUAAUUUCUUCGUUAUCAAUUGCAAUACUUGCUCUGCAACUUCUCCCAACAGCAAAUUCCCACGCAAAAUUGGUCCCUAUAGAAUACUCGAAGCUACGAUCAUGGGUUUCCGAUAACAUCAAAGACUUUAACCGGCAUAAAUCCGAAGAUUCUGAAGGAACUCCAAUUGUUUUGGACGAGCGUUUAGUCGCCGCAGAAGAUGGUGUUCGUGUAAUUACGGUUGCGAAAAACAGUACUGUUGCCGAUUUUGAAACCAUUACCGACGCCAUUAACAGCGUUCCGGUGAAUAACACAGCAAGAAGGAUUAUUUGGAUUCGAGGCGGCGAGUAUUGGGAGAAAAUCACCGUUAACGUCUCUAAACCGUUCAUCACGUUGUAUGGAGAAGCAGCUGACAUGCCUAUGAUUGUAUUUAAUGGAACGGCGUCGGUGUAUGGUACUAUUUAUAGCGCCACUGUAGCCGUAGAAAGUGACUACUUCAUGGCCGUCAAUGUGGUGUUUUUGAAUGCAGCUCCGAUGCCAGAUGUGAAUAUAACAGGAGCACAGGCGGUGGCAAUGAGAAUAUCAGGAGACAAAGCAGCAUUUUACAAUUGCAAAUUUGUAGGGUUUCAAGACACGUUAUGUGAUGAUAGAGGCAGGCAUUUCUUCAAGGAUUGUUACGUUGUUGGAACUGUAGAUUUCAUCUUCGGAAAUGGGAAAUCACUCUACUUGAACACAACCAUAGAAUCAGUUGCAAAUGAAACAGGGGUAAUCACAGCUCAAGGUAGAGAGAACACAGAGGAAGAAAGUGGAUUCACAUUUAUACAUUGCAACUUAACAGGAAUAGGCAACAAUACAUAUCUUGGGCGUGCAUGGAAGGUGAGGCCUAGAGUGGUUUUUGCGUACACUUACAUGGGUUCCAUCAUCAACGGUGCAGGAUGGUCCACUGGCAAACACCCUGAAUCCAACGAGACUGCGUACUAUGGAGAGUACAUGUGCAAGGGACCAGGAGCAAGCUCAGAUGGGAGAGUGAAAUAUGCAAAACUAUUAUCUGAAGAAGAAGCAAAACCAUUCUUGAGCAUGACUUAUAUUAAUGGAAAUAAGUGGCUUAUUCCACCGCCUAAUCUUUGAUAAAUUCUGUUCGAUCCAUCUUCAAUAUUUACAAUCAAGAACGUCAUCACGCUUCAUCUGCAAUAUAUAGUCUCUUCUUGCCAAUAAUCACCAAUCAGUGUAUUCCCUGAUUAAGUUUUGUAGUCCUUAUGUACUUUAUAAAAUUGCAGUAAGAAUUGAUGAAAA